AUGUCUACAGUCACAGUCACUGCCAUGCAGAGCUCCAAGCCGCCCAUAAUCCCCAAAUCUUUCGACGCCAAACAACCACAAACGAUCCGCCUGUACCCACUCAGCAACUACACAUUCGGCACAAAAGAGAAUCAACCAGAAGAAGACCCUUCUGUGCUGGCGCGUCUGAAACGGUUGGAGGAGCAUUAUGAUUUACAUGGCAUGCGUCGCACGUGCGAGGGUGUGCUGAAGGUUAUUUUGGUUGACAGACCAGGAGAUUACCUCCACCACGACGACGACGAAAUCACCGGCUUCAAAACCCGCUUGAACGAACGCCUGGCCCCCGUGGGCUCCCAAUUCAGUGGCGAAGGCGUAAACGAGGACUGGGAAGUAGGCGAUACGCUGGCGCAGUGGUGGCGUCCCAAUUUUGAGACUUUUAUGUACCCUUUUUUGCCGGGACAUGUUACGCGGCCGAAGGAGUGUAAGAAGUUGUACUUGAUUCAGCUUCCGAAGAAGAAGGUGUUAAGUGUGCCGAAAAACAUGAAACUUCUCGCCGUCCCACUGUUUGAGCUGUACGACAACACGGCUAGAUACGGCCCUCAGUUAUCGGCUAUUCCGCAUUUGUUGUCGCGUUACAAUUUCGAGUUUGUGGAUGAGAAUGAUAAUGUUGUCGCGGUGACACCGGGUACGCCUCAUCCGGGCAUCGAUGAGCUUAAGACGAAGGUUUUGGCGGGUGGUGCUGGUGGUGCAGCAGAGGGUGAGGAUACGGGUAUGGAGGAUGCGGCGGAGGUUAAGCAGGAGGAUCAGAUUUCGUGA